AUGCGCAUGAAUUCAGAACGAUUUCAUAACAGCGGUCUUGUGCCGUUUGGGCAGGUCCAAGGUUACAUGCCAGGGCAUAUCCCGGCAUACAGUAACAAGCAUGAUCACUACUUCUCCGCCGAGCGCAACUUCGAUCACGGCAUCUUUUGCGGCUUUAAGUACCAAUGUGUGGAGUUCGCGCGACGCGCUUUGUAUCUACGCAAGGGCCUCGUGCUUCCCAAUAUCGGAACGGCUUCUGAAAUCCCGAAUCUCACCCAUGUGAACGACGCGCGGACCGCCCAGGUCGUUCCGCUGAAUUUCAUCCCGAAUGGAUCGCCUGAGAAGCCCGUCGUCGACUCCCUUUUCGUAACGCCCACGACGAAGAGCAACCCUUUUGGCCAUGUCGGCGUCAUUGUCGAAGUGGGAGACGACUACGUUGGCAUCGCCGAUCAGAACUGCGUUUUUUACAAAUGGGAAGGCCCUUACGCUUACAAGCUGAAGCUCACACACGAGAAUGGUCUGUGGACGAUCUAUGAUGAUAUCGGCGUGCUUGACUUCGAUUUCCCUGCUGGAUGGGUAACCUUCCCUGGUGUGGAGAAUCUUCCAGAAGGCUCAGACCCGGUACCAGUUCACGAGAGCCUGCGUUUUUCCGAAUCUCUAAUUCUCUCCAUGCAGCGCGUUACCAUAAGCGCCAACUUCAAGAAGCUUGAUUGGCUUGAUAUGAACAACCCGGCGGAGAAGCUUUUUGUGGAGGAGUACGGCACGGACGUAACGCGAUCCCGUUUGGGCGAGACGAAGGUGAGCUACUACGAGAUGAACUCUGAAAUGUACCUCCGUUGUGUGGCCUACGCUACUCAGGUUCAUGCAAUCUUUUUGGAGGCUACUGCCAAGGUUAUCGCGGACGAUGAAAAGCUCCGUUUGUUUCAUAUCCCUGAGGAGUUCUGGCCUCGCUUGCGCUACUCGUGGGAACAUUAUCCUGAAUGCAUCACUGGUCGCUUUGAUUUUGCGUUUAACAGCAAGACCCAACAGCUCAAGUGCUUUGAAUACAACGCGGAUAGCUCCUCGACGCUUUUGGAGUGUGGUCGAAUUCAAAAGAAGUGGAAGGAGGUGGCGGGGGUGGAUUUAUCCAACUCCCGGAGCGCCGGCCAUUGGACGGAUCGCAACCUGCAGAUCGCUUGGCAGGAGUCGGGGGUCAAAGGCCGCGUUCACUUCUGUGUCGAUGACGAUCGCGAGGAGAUGUACACGGCCCUAUACUGUAUGGAGACUGCCAAGGCCGUUGGGUUGGAGGGCAAGCUCUGCGUUAUGUUUGAUGAAUUCCACUUUGACGAGGAGGGUCGCAUCGUCGAUAGCGACGGGGUUGCCGUGAGGAACAUAUGGAAGACCUGGAUGUGGGAGAGCGCGAUCUCGGAUUACUACCAAGCCAAGAAGGAGCGUGGGGAGGACUGGAAGCCGCAACCAAAGGACAAGGUCCGCUUGUGCGAUCUUCUUUUCGGCAGCGACUGGACGAUUCGGGUGUUCGAGCCGAUGUGGAAGCUCAUUCCGAGUAACAAGGCCAUCUUGCCGCUGGUUUAUCAGCUGCAUCCGGAGCACCCGGCGAUUCUUCGCGCGGAGUACACACUAAGCGACGAGCUACGGCUCUCCGGGUAUGCGAGAAAACCGAUUGUCGGCCGCGUCGGCCGCAACGUCACCCUGACCACCACGGAUGGUCGUAUCAAAGCAACCUCGGAGGGAAAUUUUGGGGAGCGGAAUAUGAUCUACCAGGAGCUGUUUAACAUCCCCGAGCAGGAUGGGUACUACCCGAUCCUUGGGAUCUGGGUGAUCGGGGAUAUGCAGGGUGGUAUUGGAGUGAGGGAGGAUAAGAGCUUUAUCACGGGCCUUAAUAGCCCGUUCGCGGCGGUUUGCGUGAAUUACAGCCUUCCAAGUGUCUCUGACGAAGUCGCCCGUUCAUCGGUGGUCGCGGAGGAUGAUUAG